GGGAUUACCCCCGAAAAGUGAUUAUUAUAUAGAUUAUGGUAUGAACGUGUUUCCUUUAUUAAUUUGCCAUUUUUCCCGGAUGUUUAGUUUUAUUAUGACUGCAUACUUGUGCCUUACCCUUUGUCUGGUUUCGCAAAAAAGGCCUCUAGAAAAUGGGGGCUGACCCUAUGCAAUCUGCGGGGUUCGUUUCCGUGAUCCCAGAUAAGUAAGUCAUUUAGUAAACCCUAAUUCAGUUAGACAUAGGUUAGUCUAACUAACACACUCAUAGUUACAGAAGAGCCGUGCAAAAGAUUUUUUUAAAAAAUUAAUAAAUUAGGAGCGCCCUCCAGUUUGGGGACAUUAAAUGCAGCACAUCGGAAUACAUUUUAAAGAAUUUUUGCUUGCCCAAACGAAUGGAUAAAACAUUGAAGGUGUGUGUGGGGGUGCUCCAUAGAAGUGGAGAUGCACGGAAUCCUGCCUUUUCCUCGGCGGGGAUCAUGGGAGUUGAAGUCCAAAACAAUGAAGAGAAGUCCGGGCUGGGAAAGCCACGCCGUUUUUCCACCCUUCCAGCAGCUGUUCUUUCUCACCACGGAGAAAGCCGGCCUUAUCGGAAGCUCUCCACAUUCGCUCGAGAACAAGAAAAAGGCGCUCGGCUUUUUGAAACGGCUUCCGCCGCGCCUAGGAGAGACAAUUGCUAGCGCGUGCGAGGAAGGGAGCCCAAGGACAAGCUGGGCGGUCUCCCGGCCUUGCCCACAGCCACACCUUUCGGCGGGAAGGGUGGCGGCGCCCCACCCGGGGGUUUGUAGCCGCGUGGGCGCGCUCAGGGCCACCAAUCGGCCGUUGGGGCGGGGGGGGGAGUUCCCCGGCACGCGCGCCUCCUUCAGUUUUUUCCACUAUCGCUCGACGCUUUUGUCUUUUCCCUCGCGACGAAAGCAGCCGGAGGUGGAGAAAGAGGGAGGACGCGGGAACCGAGGGAUUGUUACGAGCAACCGUUCCCCCUGCGCCUUUUUUUUUUUUAUUAUUAUCUCUCCGCCCUCCUCAACAACCCCUAGGCUGCUUCUUUUGUGUGUGUGUGUGUGUGUGUGUUAUUAUAAUUUCCCUCCCCUUCUUUCAUUCACGACAGUCGAGAGUGAGAGAGGGAGGAGUCACUAUAAGUAGCAGCGGCAGCGGUUGUAAAGUGUGCCCUCUGUGAGCUGCUUCUUCUUCUCUCUCUCUCUCUCUCUCUCUCUUUUUCCGUCUCUCCCGGCGCUGCCACCCUCGAGCUCGGCUUACGGCAGGUUCCUCGCUUCGCUUCCCAACUCCGGCUCCUCUUCAAGCGUCCCUUUUCUUUCCCCUCUCUUCUUCUCUAAACAAAAAGCAAAAAAAACCGGCCGCUGUAGUAGAAACAACCCCGACAGACGAGCUAGGUUCAGUCAAGAAGAUGCCUUGCCAGAAAGUUAUCCAUUUUGGGCAGCAGUUGUUUCGUCGGAAAGUGGUAGAUUGUACAAGCAACGACAGCCGGUUCUCGCGGUGCCUCAACACAUUUGACUUGGUUGCUCUUGGAGUAGGCAGCACCCUUGGGGCAGGGGUUUAUGUUCUCGCUGGAGCAGUGGCACAGGAAAAUGCAGGACCUGCCAUUGUCAUUUCCUUUCUGAUUGCAGCUUUGGCUUCUGUGCUGGCUGGACUUUGCUAUGGAGAAUUUGGUGCUAGAGUUCCAAAGACUGGAUCAGCGUAUCUCUAUAGUUAUGUGACUGUCGGUGAGCUGUGGGCAUUCAUUACUGGCUGGAACCUAAUUCUUUCUUAUGUCAUUGGAACAUCAAGUGUAGCCAGAGCUUGGAGUGCAACAUUUGAUGAGCUUAUAGGCGAGCAUAUUGAGAAAUUCUUUGGUCGCCACAUGUCUAUGAAUGCUCCUGGUGUGCUAGCAAAAUACCCAGAUGUCUUUUCUGUUUUCAUUAUCCUAAUCUUAACAGGACUUCUGACUUUUGGCGUGAAAGAAUCUGCAAUGGUUAACAAAGUGUUCACUUGUAUCAACGUCCUAGUCUUGGGCUUUGUGAUGGUGUCAGGUUUCGUGAAAGGCUCAAUAAAAAACUGGCAGAUCCCAGAAAAUCUCUCACUUCCGGAGAAUUACACUCAGUAUCUGCCGCAUGGUGUUGGUGGGUUUAUGCCAUAUGGUUUUUCUGGAGUUCUUUCAGGGGCAGCUACGUGCUUUUAUGCAUUUGUGGGAUUCGACUGUAUUGCCACCACAGGUGAAGAAGUAAAAAAUCCCCAGAAAGCUAUUCCAAUAGGCAUAGUGGCCUCACUUCUGAUCUGCUUUGUUGCAUAUUUUGGGGUAUCGGCUGCUCUUACUCUCAUGAUGCCUUACUAUCUGCUCGAUAAAAAUAGCCCACUGCCAGUUGCUUUUAAGUAUGUGGGAUGGGAAGGAGCAAACUAUGCAGUUGCUGUUGGAUCCCUAUGUGCUCUUUCUACAAGCCUGCUUGGAUCCAUGUUUCCAAUGCCUCGGGUUAUUUAUGCGAUGGCAGAAGAUGGAUUACUAUUCAGAUUUUUGUCACGUGUCAAUGAGAGGACAAAAACCCCAAUGUUAGCUACAAUAACCUCAGGAGCUGUUGCAGCUGUCAUGGCGUUUCUCUUAGAUCUCAAGGAUCUUGUAGACCUGAUGUCUAUUGGGACACUUCUAGCUUACUCCUUGGUGGCUGCCUGUGUCUUGGUACUAAGAUACCAACCUGAGCAGCCUAACUUGGCGUAUCAGAUGGCUAGUACUACCGAGGAGGCAGACACAAAUGAAUCUGUGAGCACAAGUGAAUCUCAAACUGCGUUUCUGCCGGAAGAGGGAGAGAAAUUAUCCUUAAAAGUUAUCCUCCUCCCCCAAAAUACAGUUCCUUCCAAACUUUCUGGGUUUAUAGUGAAUGUCUCUACUUGUGUCAUAGGUUUUCUUAUUGUCAGCUUCUGUUGCUUGGCUGUCCUUGCCAAGGAGGUUCUAAUCAGUGGAGCAAGGUGGCCCAUUAGCCUACUUGUUAUCAUCUUCCUCAUCUGCUUUGUUUUCAUGGUCAUCAUUUGGAGGCAACCUGAAAGCAAAACCAAACUCUCAUUUAAGGUCCCUUUUCUCCCUGUCCUUCCAAUCUUGAGCAUCUUUGUGAAUGUUUAUCUCAUGAUGCAGCUGGAUUGUGGCACCUGGAUACGAUUUGCCAUCUGGAUGGUCAUAGGCCUGAUGAUAUAUUUUGGCUAUGGCAUAUGGCACAGCGUAGAGGCAUCUUAUUCAGCACCAACGGAUCAAGAAAGAAGUACGGAUAACAAUAUGGAUACUUGUAAAUGACAGCCUUCUUGCUCAGGAGGUUAUUGAGAUCACUAUUACUGCACAGCAGGAUACUUUUCCCUCCCAAAUUCUGAAAGUACGUUUUUUUGGGGGGGUAGAAUAUCAGGCAGGCUGUUAUGUCCCCAUAUCAUGGGGAUGCAGCUGGGAGGGAUCACAAGGAAAAAAAAUACCUAGCCUCUGAUGCACUCCCAACAACACUUACUUCUUGCUGACAACCCUUUACCCUUUGAGUAGAAAUUGCCUUUCAGGGGGCCAGUUUACUUCCAUUGUUACUGUGAGAAUAAGAUUCUCAAGUUUGCAAAUUAAUUCCUGGCUACUGGAAUGGAAAACACUUUGUACUAUUUCUCCAAAAUCACCUAUAUUGCAGCAUCAGAACUAAACUUAAGCAAACUCAAACCGAACCAUACAUAAACUCUCUUACAUGUUUAUAAACUGCCCUUCCGAAGACUGGAAUGAAAAGAAAAAGAAAAAGAAAAAGAAAAAGAAAAAAAAGGAGUGGUGCUAUUUAAAUAUUGUGCUUUACAUAUUUAAAGAGGGGUGAUGCCUGAGUUUUAGCAUCCAAUGUUACAGCAAUCUCCUUUAGCAAAGGUGGACAAACCAGGCUUCCUGCAGCCCUCGGAGGUUUCUGUGCAACCUGCUAGCUGAAUUCCUCUCCUGUGCUUCAAACAGCUGUAUAGAUAUGAAGCAGAGUCUGUUGCUUAUGAUAGAACUGCUGUGUAGAAAAUAUGACUUUCAGGUAUGCAGAUCUGCCAAAUCAAAGGGCAAUUGCUUGCUUGGGAUGUUAUUCACAUUUCAGUUCAGGCAGUCCCGGUCAGAGGCAGCCUUUCCCAUGCUUGCAUUUCAACAUAAUAUUGUGCUGUAACUCAUCAAUACACCCUGUGUCUGAGAAAAGGCAACACUUUCCUGUAAUAAAGAUAGAAUUAAUAAAGGAGAAUAUUUGUAGCUCAGGGUUGAUACGAGGGGUCCUUGGGUGCUCUCUGAAUUUGCUUGUUUUUUUUUCUUUUCUUUCAUUACCCAAACUAGGUAACAUUACUAGUGCUAGUCUAGUCUAUGUUGCCUAGUUUGGGUAAUAAAAUGUCCGCAAGAAAACAAGCAAGCUCAGAGAGCACCAAGGACCUCUCAAAGAUAAAAUUGAACACAGGGUUCUUGGGUCAAAGUCCAGCAUUGUUUUUACUGUUAUGUUUGAAAUAAUAUAUUUAAAAUUAAUAUAUUAUUGAAGGAAGGUUGUGACAAAUACAACUUUUCUGGUACACAGCAGGAGCCAGCCUUAGGUUUCGCCUGGGGAAUAUUUGGGACUGUAGAAUGUAAGUUUCUCACCUUAUCCUGUUAGUGCUGACGUUUCCAAAUAGGCCAUUAGAUUUAAAAUUCAAACUGUUAUUUCCUGUUAGGCAUGGAUGGGACAGGGGAAAUCAUAAAACCAUCUAUGCAGGGGGAGAAUCACCUCCUUCUAAAAUGUGGUUUUUCCAAAGGGAGGGUAAAAGUCUGUAUACUGGUCAAAUAAUAUUGAUGCUUGCUGUUUUGAUAUUCUAGUAAAUAGUGUAGAUUAUUAUUGUACUUUUUUUCUUUUACACUGUUAACCUUGGAGGCUUGAAUUUAUUAUUACUUGUUCAUGGUAUUUAUGUCUAGCCCCUUGAUGUGUUGUAUUUGAGCAAGCUAUAUGGAAAAGAAUAGCACUUAGAAGAAAGGGAAAUCAUUUUGUAGAGAGACUGCUUAUUUUGUGUGAGGAAAUUUAGAAGGGGGAUUAUUUAUUUAUGGCACUCCCUAUGUUUUGUCCAGGUUGUACCCUAGUGAUAACGUUACUAGAUAUGAAUUUUGACUCAAGGUUUUCCCAUCACCAUGGUGAUUGCUGAGAAUUUUAGUGAUUACAUCUACCUGUCUGGAAGGUUAGACAAAGCUUCUGCAAACAAUGUUGACCUAGCUGGACCAAUAAUAAGGCAGUUUAUUGUAUUUGAUACUUCAGCAACUUCCUUUUGCCAUCACAAAAGUCUGUGAAGGCUACAAUUACAAUGAUGAGGGUGUUCUUUUUAAAGGGCUUCAGCGUUGAACAAUUGAGAAAUGCACAAUUUAGUUUGAAUCAGCCAGACCUUCCUCAAGUAAAUUAGCCAGGCUGCUGAGUCCUUCGGGAGAAGGGCGGUAUAAAAAUUUAAAUAAAUAAAAUAAAAAUAAAUAAAUAAAUAAGAUGAUUUGGGAAGCCCUCAGGGCUGGCUAGAAAAUGUUCCUUUCAGAUGAAAAUUUCUAUGUGACUUGAAAAUUCCUAAGACUUUGUUUUUGCGUUCUGGAUGGAAUCCCAUCAGGUCAUAUGAAUCUUUGUUUUAGAGUCUGUGAGGAGUGAGAUGGAGGUUGUUUUGAACUCUUCAUUCUUAGCUGAAUCAACCUUUAUGGAUUGUUUCAUACAUGACAAAAGUCCUUUGCAGAAAUCUCUUCUGUAUGGUCACAUUUCAUAUCAUCCAUGCUGAUUUCAACUUUAUACUUAUUAUUAAAUUACACCCUAUUGCAUGGACGUCCAACCUUUUGGCUUGCCAGUGAGCGAAGAUGAUUAGCCUUGGGCUGCAUAUAAAAUAUAUAAUAUAGUUAGAAUAUACAAAUCCCAUAAUAAUGUUAAAGGUUUAUGAUCUUGUGGGGUAGCAUUACUGGCUGUCCAGGGCCACAUGCAGGCUGUGGGCACAGGUUGAACAUGCCUGCUCGAAUACUUCAUUGUCUUUGAAAAUGGCCUAGAAAGAUGCUGUCAGAUUUUCUAUAAAAGUCAAAUUACUUAGUCAUUAAAAUUCAAUUUGAGCAGGGUCCCUAGGUAAUUUUUGUAAGUGACUUAUUUUUUUCCACUUUUGUUGUUCUUAAGUAGAUAAAUCCAUACUGUGUGUGGGCAGUUGAUGAAACUGAAAGCAACCUGAAUGUGAUUCUCAAUUUGGCAGUUGCAUUUCCAAAGAACAGUAAAUCCCAUUGCAGUGUUUAGUCCAAUUCAUUUUUAAACUUAUAGGUAGACCUUGACUUAAUGACCGGAAUUGGGGGACCGAGACUGGAAUUUCAGCCACCAAGGGAUGCGAUAAUAAAAAAAAAGUCAGCAUGUGGCCAGAUCUGAUUUUAUAACCAUUUUUACCUGGUUGUUGAAUGAAUUACUCAGUCAUUAAGCAAACUCAUCUUCCCCUAUUCACUUCACUUGUCGGAAGCUAGUUGGGAAGAUUGGAAAUUGUGAUCAUGUGACCACAGAACGCUGCAACUGUCUUCAAACACCCAAAUUGUGAUCACAUGACUGGGCAACAGUUGUGACCUCGAGGACAAAUCAUAAAUUAUGUUUUUUCAGUGCCAUGAAUUUGAACAGUCAUUAUAUCAAUGGUUGCAAGUUAAGGGCUACCUGUAUUAGGGAAAAUAGUAUUAAAAAAGCCUUAAACACUGGGCAUCAUGUCUGGUUCUGUACGAUAGAUACAUGCAUGCAGUAAAAAGCUGCUCCUUUUCAGAUGUGGCAUUUAAGGAAAUGAUUUUGGAAGGAAAUUCUGUCACAUGUGAAGGAACCUUUAAAAAGGUUUUUCACACAUACAUCACUAGUGGAAAAGAUCACAGAUUAACAAAAGCAGUCUCCUGGGAUAAUAGCUCUCAAGUCUCACCUUCACCUGUCAUAAUUCCCAUAGUGUAGGGAAUUUUGGGAGCUGAAGUCCGCUACAUCCAAAUGACAGCAGGAUGAGAGGCAUCGUUCUGAGUAAGGUUGUUACAUAUCCAAGACUUGAAUGAGUUUUGCUUUUCCUUUCACUUGAGAUUCAACAACAGGAGAUGUUAGGCCUGGGAAAAGGUUUUCUGGGAGAAAGACUUACCAAGAAAUUCUUGUGGGAUAUUCUCAUUAUGACUAGCUGCUUUUGUCCCUAUGGAAAUGUUUAUAGCUCAUGGUGGUAUUCAGAAACUAAGAUAGGGAGCAAGGAGCAACCCUGGACCAGUAAAUAUAACCCCUGCCCAACAGGCCCCCCCCCUUGCUUCUAGUUCUGAAACCUCAAUGGAGAAACAUGCAAAAGCUUGAAGUCUAAUGGUGAAAACCUAAAUGCUGCUGCUGUAAGUUUGCUAGAGUGAAGAAUAAGACUGCCAUUUAUUUGAGCUCAUCUUUGUAAAUAUAUGAAUAACUUAUUAUUUUAAUAUUAGGAUUUUUUUGUAUAGCUGCUGGACGCUUUGUAUAAAAUCCUAUUCUAUGGUGUUUCUCAGAACACACGGCUCCCUCAAAGAAAAAGUGCAGUUUUUCUUCGUAAGGGAAGGAUUUAUCAAUAAUUGUGGUUUUGAAACUAAGGCAGUCACUGCUUCUUUCAGGAAUUGCCUGCUUUAAAAUCUUACUAGGUUUUUAUUAGCCUAAAGCCAAAUUUUCAAACUCACUGUGUGCAGAAUUAAAAAAAAAAAAGACUUUCGAUAAUUAGAUAUUCUACAAACGUAUUUGAACUACAUGUUUCAAAACUGGCAUAGUAGUCUGAAGUUUUUAAUUCUGCAUACCUGGAGGAUAUCUAAUUGAGAAUAAGUGUAACUUCCUUAAUGCAUGAGGUGGGUGGUGGGGGAGAAACAUGUGCAACAUAAAACAAAGUUAACAAUUUCUACUUGAUCAAACCAUUACCAUAAAAGUCAGUUUUACUAAGUCAGAUAUAUGCAAAUUAAUCCCCAAAUUAAUUUCAGUUACAACUCCAGCUUUUCAAGAGCAACAAAUUGCUUGCUCAUCAGUUCCUUCCAAAACCAAUGGCAGUUAUCAGUAAUUUGGUAGUACCUUUUUCAAUUAACAAAGUUUAUUAAAAGGUUUCAAAUGUGUUAGAAAAAGUGCUGCCAGACUUUUUUGUUGUUGUGCUGCUAUAGACUCGCAUGGCUAUUCUCUUACAAUGCCAUUUAUAUAAAUAUUCUAUUUCUUGCACAUUUGGAAGUCUUGUAUUGUGAACCAAAAUGCAAUCUAUUUUGUUAAUAUUUUCAAAAUUUUACAAUUGUCUUCAAAAUAUUUUAUUUAAAUUUGUAUAUUUUGUACAUUUUUUCUGCCUUCUAUGUUUGAUUGUCACCUUUUCAUCUCCAUAUCUACUUUUACUCAGUGCGUUGAUAAAUGAGAGAUGUCUCACCAGUUCAGCAAGCAGUAAAAAUGUUAACCUUACCAAGUAAAAACUUGCAACAACAAUUUUCAGGUUUCUAUUUUUAUGUUCAUCAAUUCUAUUAAUCCUCAUGUACUUAAUUGAAGCAUGCUACAAACACUGGAUCAUAGAAUAGUCUGAUAAGGUGAGGAUUUUUAAUUCCUUUUCUUUAAGUCAUUUUUUUUAAUUAAAAAAAAUACCUUAUUAAAUAUGUUUUUAUCAGUUAGGGAAUAGAUAAUUAUCAACAGGAGGAAGCAGACUAUAAAUGGUUUGCCUUAAAUAUAGAAUCAAUAUGAUUUCAAGGGUGUUUAAGCAGAAGCCAUGUUCAGAUAUAAGCAUUAACAGACUGUAAAACAGCUCAUCUUCAUUUUUUGUCACUUUCUGAUCAUUCACAUAUAUCUGCACACACACACACAUGCAGAGCCUGCACAACGUGAGCAAGUGUUUGUGGAAGGAACUGUUUGUUCUCUGUCAUCCAUAUGUAUUAGAUUUCUAAUAAGGGAUGUGUGUAUUAAAGCCUGCUUUCCCAGAUGAAUGCCAUAUUUGGCAAGGUCAAAGUGCUUUGUAUAUAUGAUGCUGUCUCAAUUAAUUGCUGAUUGCAAUCUGUUGCCUUUCAGUAUGUAUCUCUUAUUUUACUAUGUGGUGUAUUUACAGGGUAACAAAAUGAAACAAUCUUAAGUUGUACAAAAGAAGUUUUUCAACCUAUGUGACGGAUCUCUUCUGCAUUUACCAAAAUUCAGACGUGUUGUACAGAUGCUACGUUGGGGUUCUAAAUUUGAAUUCUAAGUUUGAAUUCCAAAUUCAUGCAUGCAGCUUGGACUGUUGUAGAGUUAAAUAUGCAUGUUGUAGAGGGGUUUUUUUCAGAAAGGAAGGGAAUACGGUAAAGUUCCACUGAUGUUUAUCUUCACUGUAAUUUGAACUUUUUGGUUGGUUGAGACUACGUUCCUAAAAUACCCUCUUAAGAAAGAAUGUUGAAUGCACUAUUGAAAACAGUAAACUUUGCUUCUGAGAAAUUGUAUGUAGGAUAGUGCUACGCAUUUAAAUUUUGUAUACUACUGAAAUUAUAUCAUUGGUGCCUUCUGGUGAUAGUGAAGGAAGUGUGAGAGCUUUAGAAAAACUUAACAUGGAAAUAUAAUGAGUAGGGUUCUUCCCCACCCCCACCCCAACCUCUUAUUGCAGUGUUCCACAGUCUGCUGCCCUUUAUAUGUAUUGGACUAAAAUAAUAUGGCCAGUGGGCACCAGGUUGGGAAAGCAUGUUUCAACUCUCUGAUAAUAAAUUCAUAGUAGAUAGUUCCUCAUUGCAAAAAUGGUUAACAUUUGGUAAUAUGUUUGUGCAAGGCAUUUGAGGGAGGUGAUUUGCAGACACCCUAUCUUUAAAGUAUUAACACAGCCAUAGCCUUUGUAAGGCUUGUGUGAGCAUUUUGAAGGCUGUCUCUGCUCAUCUGCAUUUGUGGGUAGAGAUGACACAGAACGACCAUCUGAAAGCUGUGAAUGUAUAUCCAUGUACAGAUAACCAGCUGGUAGCCUUGAAUAGGGCUGUCUCUCUCUCUCUCUCUCCCUCUCUCUUUGCAAUAGUAACGUACUUUGUAAAUUACCUCUUCCAAAUGUUUCACACAAUUCUGAUUGUUACAGAGACUCAUGAUAAGGAAUAAUUACAUCCUGUAAUGCUCCUUAUUUCUGAAGCAGAGGCCAAACCUUAUGAAAACUGUGCCUGGUUUUUUGUUAAAAAAAAAAAUCAAACCUAGAAUUCCUCAGGGUAUAUUUUCUCAUUCUUCUUGGCACAUAUCCUAAGAAAAAUCCUAUUAAGUUUCUAGAUGUUGAGGGAUCUUAACCAGAUCACACUCACGCUUUGUUUUGCAAACGCUGGAAGGGUGGUGAGUGAUACAGUGACUGGGUUCUUCUCUUUCUGUUGUGCCUUUCAAUGUACUUCUACUCCCAGGGGUACAAAGAAUCAGUGUGGCACUCUUUGGAGUUGUAUGUUACAAUCUGUUGGAGAAUAUGGUGGUUUCUUUGGGAAUAUCCACCUUUUGAUAAUCAAGAAGCCAUGAAAUAAUUUGUUCAUAUUUUUACUGAGUAAAAUGUAUAUAAGUUUUUCUUCUAUUUUUCUAAUGAUUUUCUCAGAAUAUAUAAUGGGUUCAAGAUAUAGUUACUUAGUUACUUGAUCCUGUCAGAUGCUUCUGCCUCUUCACUGGAGCUUCUGAGUUUGUUCAGAUUUUGGCUUCUCCCUUCCUUCAAAUACAAAGCUUUGUUUUUUACUUUAUAUGUGAACCUUCAUUUAGAGCAAGGCCUCUGCUUCAAUAACAAACCUCUGUUGAGGGAUGCUGUAAAUGUCUCCCUUUGGAGAGUGAGGUUCUUUUUUUUUUUACUUUAAAGAUCAAUUUGUAAAUAGGUAAACAGCAUUAAUUUGUUCCGUGAAAUUUAAAUAACGUUAAUUUUGUCUUGCCUGUUCUAAUAAAUGCUUCUGUUUAAACAAAUAA